AUGCUACGUGUCGCGAUAGCUUUCUUUAUCAUAAGGCUCGGCCUUGCUGACGAGUCAUGGCAGGAUACGCCGAUUUUGACAUCCCUUUGGCAAGCGACAUCCAGCAAGGACAACGAUGCCAUUGACAGGCUUUUGGAUAGCAGCGAAUCAGCAGCGUCUGCAAGAUCCGGUGACGGACGUGGUCUUGCCUGGUGGGCAUGGGAAUUUCAGAAUGAGUACGUCCUCGCGUCCAUCAUAGUGAAUGGUGGGGAUGUCACGUCCGAGGAUGAGGAUGAAGCUGGCAAGCCUGCCUAUCGAAUGUGCUCCGACAGCUCCGACUGUGACAAGGAGAGUCUGCUGCAGAAGGCCAAGGCUCUUGUGGAGGAGGUCAAGAAGGCCAAAGAGCAGCGUGCAGCCGAGCGUGAGAAGGAGGAUUUCGACGACGAGGAGGAGGAAGAAGAGCUUGGUGACGACGAAUUCUGA